AUGGACCCCGUCAUCAUAACGCCGGAUGACGUAGUUGAGGCGGUCCGUAGGGCCCCGAACUGGAAAUGUCCGGGCCUCGACGGGCUGCAUCACUACUGGCUGAAGGGGUUCGUGGUGUGUCACGCUGUGCUCGCCCGACAGUUUCAAGAGGCUCUCAACCAGAAGUCGCUCCCGAGCCUCUUCACUACUGGGAUCACUCAUUUGGUUCCUAAAGAUCAGGAUACCACAGACCCGAGCAAAUACCGCCCCAUCACGUGUCUACCCACGAUAUACAAGACACUGACAUCCAUUUUGAGCGCGAGAAUCAGUCGUCACCUGAACUUAAAUCAGGUGAUGUCGUGCGCUCAGAAUGGAUGUAGAGGCGGUGGUCGUGGAACCAAGGAACCACUGCUCAUUGACGCGGUCAUUGGCAAGGUGGUUAAACGCAACCGUCGGAACCUCUCCGCCGCCUGGAUAGACUACAAAAAGGCAUUCGACUCGGUGCCUCAUGCAUGGCUUAAGAGGGUCCUCGAGCUGUACAAGAUUGACUGUACAGUUAGAGACUUCCUCGGGCAGUGUAUGGGGCAGUGGAGUACGAUCCUUUGUCAUCUAGGCGAGCGGAUGACGGCUGCGGAGAACCACAUAAAGAUAAGAAGGGGUAUCUUCCAGGGCGAUUGUUUGAGUCCAAUCUGGUUCUGCCUCUCUCUGAACCCUCUCAGUACCAUACUGGAGGGCUCCGGGAGGGGAUUUCAGCUUCGGAAGGGAGGUACAAAAGUGACCCACCUUUUCUAUAUGGAUGAUCUCAAGUUAUUCGCCUCCAGUCGCUCUCAUCUUAUGGAAUUAAUUCUAUGGAAAAAAAUUCUAUUAGAAUGGAGCUGGGGACGGAUAAGUGUGCGGUCCUCCAUGUUGAAAGGGGAAGGGUUGCUAACUCUGAGGGCAUAG